UGCCCCGCCCCGCCCCGCCCCCCCAGAGUGCACCGGGGCCUGCUGGUAGAGGUAAACUUGCACGGCAAAGAGGAUCACGUUAAUGGGAGGAGUAAGGGCGGACAGCAAGCCUGAAAAACACGUUUCACAACACGGCCAAUCCACUCGGCUUUUCUCUCCGCGGCCAGAGCGGCGGAGGACCAGGUCUCUGCCCCCCGAGCCACCACGGGACCGUUCCCCACGCUCGUCACCGUUUUAGCCGUUUUGCUUUUUUUCUUUCUUUUUAAAUCUGAGCCGCGAGUCGCGCUGCUCCACGGGCGGAGGGGUCCGAGUCCGGGGUCGUGGGAUGGAUGCGCCGGUGAGCCCGCUGGAGAGGAGCAGCCACACGGCGUUCAUUGACCGCAGCACCCUGUACGUGUGGGGAGGAUACCAGGUGGUUGCUGGGGAGGAUGUCAUGUUGCCCAGUGAUGAGAUAUGGCUCUGUGAUUUAGACAGCGGGACGUGGGAGCGGAGGCAGAUCACCGGCGACAUCCCCCGGGACCUGUCAGGCUUCUGUGGCUCUCACGUCAACGGCACGCUCUACAUUUUUGCGGGAUGCGACGCCGCCGGAUACACCAACCAGAUGUUCAGCGUUGACCUCACAGAGCCGUGCUGCUCGUGGAAGAAAGUGACUGACACCAAGGGAACGACGCCGUCGCCACGAAACAAACACUCCUGCUGGGUGCACGGAGACAGAUUAAUCUACUUUGGUGGAUAUGGGUGUAAGACCAUUGGGGAGGUACGAAACACUUCAUCAUCGAGCUUCGUCGUGGAAGAGAUGUCCUGGACAACAAUUGGAGACACGUUGUUUAGGUGCUGGGGCUGGAACAACGAAGUCAAUGUUUUUGACACACACGCUGCUAAGUGGAGCUUGCCAGAGACUCAGGGUCGGGCUCCUGCCCCCAGAGGCUGCCAUGCCAGUGCCCUUCUGGGGAACAAAGGUUACAUCUCUGGUGGGGCGGAGACGGCAGAGUUGGACAUGUUCUGCUUAGACCUGGACACCUGGACCUGGACUCAAUUUGACGCCUCCCCGUCCUGCUCACCCCAGGGGCGCUCCAUGCACACCAUGACGCCCAUAUCGGAUCACGCGCUCUUCGUAUACGGGGGUCUCAGCACGCACGGAAACACUCUCAAUGACGCCUGGCAGUUUAACACGGUUAAACGAGAGUGGAUCCAGAUGACGCACCCACACGGGGACAAGCCCAGGGUGUGUCACACAGCGUGCCUGGGAAGCGACGACGACGUCGUGGUGUUCGGAGGAAGCAGUAAGCUCUGCAUCCUCAUGGACUCGGUGGCUGUUCUGAGGGCUCCAUCACAACAUCACUGCAGAGACGUGAUCAUCUUUCAGACCCAGCCGUACUCCCUCUUCAGGUUGUGUGAGGACUUCAUAGGGAAAAACCCGGAGCUGUUCGGGAAGCAGCUGAACUGGCUGCCAUCGAAACUGAGGAGCAAAAUCGAUAAGAGGGUGGCCUUUUUCUCGAACAUGAAGUCUGUCCCUACAGCCUGAGGACUGUUUUUAGUCACGUGAUUCUGAGCCAGUUGGUUAUUAAGAAAACAUUUAUUUUUUUUCUGUCGGGAAUAUGUUUUCGUGUUCAUAAUGAUUUAAAAAAACAAAAAAAAAAACAUGGUGCUAAAGUUUUCAUUGUUUUAACUUAAGGAAAUAUAAUUUGUAAAUAAAGUCUUUGUCUUAUUUUAAGCAACAAACAUUGUUUAGGUGAAAUUUUACUCUGUAGUGAUUUGAUGAUGAUCAAAUGUGCGAUAUGUUUUUGAAUAAAGGUAUUGAUAUGUUGUA